GGCAUUUACCAUAAAGGCUGGAAUACGGGGGCACUCCAAAUUGAGGGUGGGCUGGUUAGCCCACGGAGAAACGGACGACUGAUGACGUGACCGCGGUUCACGUCGCCGAGAGCGUCCGGCCGAUAUCUCUGUCAGCAGGUGGUAUCGUCACAUAUCCGGGUUAAUGAGACCCGAGCGAACACAGCGUGUUGUUGUGAAGCAAAUCAAUGCGAACUGAGCGCAGACAAGCUAGCAACACAUCAACAACAACAACAACAACAACAACACAGAGGGGCAGGGCAGCUGCGCAGGUUGGUCCGUUACACUAACUUCAUAUCUUUCUGACUAACUUAUUAGCAACGUCAUUCAUCACAGGCGCGUGUGGCGUCAGUUUGUGUCUGUAACGUUGUAGCUAGCUGGACGACCAGACAACCGACCCCCUGUGAACAGACGCAGAAGUUGUUUGGCCCCAGGUGGGUUCCAGAGAACACCUCCCAUCAGCUCCUCUGAUCGGUAUCCACUCGGAUCUCCCAGAUCAGAUCCAUUCGUAGUUGUCCCCCCUGGUUCCUCCUCAGAGCCUGUCACCGGCCGCACCACCAUGCACCACCCGGCCCCCCUGAGCAGUCAACGGGGGUUCCUGCCGGCCAUGUAUUCGUUUUCAGGCCCCACCAGCCUUCCUGAAUUUGACCUUGGACCUCCGAGUACGUCUGGCCACCUCCAGAGAGCAACAGCCUCCAACAACUGGGAGACACGGUGCCUCAGGAAGCACCGGCGGAGAGUCGACGAUGAGGGCUGCAGUGCCAAAAGGAGGAGGUUAAUGGUGGAGGCGGAAGUGGAUGUUUUGGAGGGUUCAAACGGCGGCGCUCGCCGUGACUGGCCUGCGGCAAAAAGCUGCCCCCCGCUGUCUGCACAGCGAGCCGGCAGCGCACCUCCACAGCCUCAGCCCUCCACUCUGCCACAUCCCUCCCCUGUGCUGUCCCGACCUGAGAUGGAGAGCUCCUGCAUGGAGAUCGAGGCAGCCCAGAGGAAACUGCAGGAGAUUGAAGACAGGAUAACGCUGGAAGACGACGACGAGGAUCUGGAUGUGGAGCCGGCCCCGAGACGGCCGGUGCUGGUGAUUUCAGACAGUUUGAAAGAGGACCUGCAGCGCGGCAUAAGCAACAUCCUCCCCCACAAAGUAGCCCAGUCUGUGAGCCAUUCUUGCAUGGAGUUGGUGUUGUGGCGGCCUCCUGACGACCCUUUCUGUCGGAGGCUUAAGGACUCAUUACAAAAACAGCGUAAACAACAGACAGUAUCACGGCAGAUCCCGACUCCGUGUCCAUCUCCAGUCCCCCACAGUCCCCUGAGCCCCCCCAGUGCACCUGCGGACACACACUCUCUUCUGUACAGCUUUCCUGUGGCCCACAGCUCCGGAGAGGAGGACAUGGAAAUGUAAUGGUGCUUAACGGCUUAAAGAGCCAAAGUCAAAGACUGGACAUGUAGUAACACAAAAGACUACAAAGGACUCAUGACUUCCUUAAGUUGGUCAGUUUGGCAAGGCACGUUGGCUUUACAUGAAUAUUGUGCUGUUUUGGACAGUUUGUGCUCCUCAAGCAGUUUUGUCAUUUUCAGUUUCAUCACUCAUUUUUUCUGUUUUCUGACUAUAAUCCCGACAACUAAAUUUAACGUAAUAAUAACACUCAACCUAAUGAAUUAGUUUUAUUUCAGAGGUUUCAUUUAAAUCUCCAAAAUUCCUGUUGUUAUUUUAAAACUUUAACGAAGUUGCUUAGAACAAUUGCCUUACAUUACCUGCUCCACAUAACUCACAGAAUUGACCUUUGCCCUUACAAAUACGAUCAUUUGCACAGCAUUUUGCCAAAGCUUGGCCAAUACCACACUGGUGUAUGCUGUUUAUGACUUUGUUCUUUGUGACACAUCAGUGCGCAGCACCUGAAUUUGUACAGAUUUUACAUUCAGCUUCUGGUCGUCAUUGACAGGACACUGAAAUGUGUCCGUGUGUUGCUCUCUGCAUGGCCUCCAGUUCUACUUGUGGUCGGAAGAUGAUCUUCCUACAUUGUUUAGCAGGUAUGCUGUCUGUGAGCUUUGAGGGAUUUGUAAAGAAGUCCUAGAAAUGCACCUUAUAAUUUGAUUGUAUUUUUCAUUGCCAGAAUUUCAACCAGGCUAGUAUUGUUUUAUAUUUGUUAAAAUAAAAUCUGAAAUUGUCAA